AUGAAGAUUCUUUCGAUCUUGUUUCUUGCUGUAUUUUUGUGUGGAGAUGUAUACGGCAAAAAAAGUAAGCAUCGUGGUGCCUCAAGCAAUAACAGAAUAGUUGGUGGUCACAAUGUGACCAUUGAAGAAUUUCCAUAUCAAGUACUCCUGACCGUUGAAAGAGAUGGGGAAAAUUAUGAAUGUGGAGGAUCCAUUAUUAGCACCACCCAUAUACUUACAGCAGCUCAUUGCUUGAUUAGAGCAUCAUAUGUUUAUGUAAGAUUGGGUGCCACCUCAUCUAACGACGACGGGGAAAUAGUUACUUCUACAGAUUUUACCCUACAUCCAAAUUAUAACGGAAAAACAUAUAAUAAUGACGCUGCAAUAAUCCAUUUGGACAGUCCGUUAGAAAUAGAUGGAGUUAGGACAAAAAUAAUACAUUUGGCUGAAGCUGGUAAACAAGUAAACCCUGGACAGUACGUUACAGUUACCGGAUGGGGUGCUACUUCAGAAAAAGGACAAGGAAGUGAUUAUUUAUUGGCUGUUGAGGUACCCGUUGUGUCUAACGAUGACUGCCGUAAAUCUUAUAAAACGCUUACUGAGAGAAUGUUCUGUGCCGGCUUUCCUGAAGGAGGCAAGGAUGCGUGCCAGGGUGACUCCGGUGGACCAGCUGUAUUGAAAUCAGAUAAGACUCAAGUUGGUAUCGUGUCGUUUGGCGCUGGCUGUGCGCGUAAGGGCUACCCGGGAGUCUACACGAGUGUUUCCAGCAUUCGGGGCUGGAUUGAAGAAGUUGCUGGAGUC